AUGAUCCAAACACAAGAACAUAGCGUACCCCCUCCUGCCUAUACAUCUAUUAGACAAAAAAGAAUGACUGCAGACACUCUGGUUGAUGAUAGACAUGUAGCCAUGAUGCUUAAAAAUCAAUAUUCUCCACAACUUGCAUUUAGUCCUAGCCUUGUUGCAGGCGAAUUUCAACAGCAACAAUUGGAAGAGAGGCCUCCUUUGCCAACUCUCUCGCCAUCCAAUACAUUAAUAGAUAACGCUGGUGUUCUAUCUUCAUCAGACGCAAAACCAACUGCUGUAGAAUCAGAAAAUUACCAUUAUUCUUUUGAUCAGCGUCCAAAGAAGAUCGAGAUCUAUGAACCUCAAGUGAAUUUACAGGAUGCUUAUGCCUACUCUCACGACGAUGAGGACGAUUCAAAACCAAAGGAACAUUAUAUAGUAAAUAUCAAUAGCAAUCAAUAG